AUGUCUGAUAGCUACAGUGAUUAUAGUGAUAGCUACACAGAAGAUGCAGGAUCCAAAUCUUCUAGCUUGUCUAAAUCGUCUAAGCAGAAGCAAACUCCUGCGUUCACUUUUGCUGACAUUCCCGCCGAAGUAUCACUUUCCUUGGGGGAGUACUGUACCGUCAUUCUAAGGCCUGGAAAGAAACAGUAUGUCGUCGAGGUAGCAACCAACUAUCCUCGUGAAGCAGCCAAUAAAGUGCAACUAACGUUCGGAGAGCACGGGUGCUCGGUGACCCAAGCUGCAAGCUCUAUUCGAUCUGCUAUUUCUCAACCUAUCCCAGUAGAACUUCCUUCUUCUGGUACAGAUAGGCACGGUCAUCCACAGGAACCCACCUCCCUAUCGGCAUCAACUCUCCCUACACCUGCCCAAGCGCAAGAAAAUACUGUAGCUCCAGAUGGCACACGUCCAAAUCCGCGCGACUUCUACAGAAGGUUGAGAGACUGA